CUUUUUUUAUUCCUCUCUUGUGCUUUCUAUUGUUGUGGAAAUAUUCAGUUAGAAUCUUUGAAGUUAUUUCCUGUCGAAAAAUACCAUCAUUUCCUGAGAGAUACACAAACCCACAUUUUACGUGAUCGCACAUGCGUGUGUCUUACAGAGACAGGGAGACUGUGAGCACCAAGACAUAAAGGUUAGAGGUUAGAGAAAGCUGUUAUCAGCCUGGGUAAGAAAGUGGAAAAUCUGAGCACUCUCUCUCCAAAGCUCAGACUCACCCAGCAGACACUGGAAACGGCAAGGAGCAAGUAUCAGAUGAGAGUCUGGACAGCUGCCUUACCAGUGUGCCCAGUGUAUACAGUGAAGAGCAAAAGGCUGCCUGCGGUGAAAAGCUGAAGACAAGAAAGAGAGCAAGAGAAGAGUCAGCACUUGGGAGCAGAACAGAAAGCAGACCUGGAAGCUGCAAUGGAAAGCCUGCCUGUCUACCAUGGACCAAUUGGCAAAGAAGAGGGGGAGAGGCGACUGGCCCAGGACGGCCGGGAUGGGUGCUAUCUAGUCCGCAACAGUGACUCUGUGCCAGGAGUCUUCUGCUUGUGUGUGCUGUACAAUGGAUAUGUCUACACAUAUAGACUCCACAAGGACGAUGCGGGCUCAUGGGCUGCAGAAACCACUCCUGGUGUGCAGAAACGAUAUUUCCGGAAAAUCAGGAACUUGAUAGCAGCUUUCCAGAAGCCCGGACAAGGAAUUGCCAUGCCUCUGCUCUACCCUGUCACCGCGCAGAGUCGGGCGCACACAGACAGAGAGGAAGAGACGUCCAGUAAUAGCCUGUCACCUACACACAACCACCCAAACACCUACUUCCCGCAGCCACAUGCUGCUCAGGGACACAAAAACAGGAACAAGAAGGGGAUGCAGCAAGCUCUUGGUUAGGGACAAACCCUUGGCUCGUCAUUGACCUAAUUAUGAACUAAAACGCAGACUUUGCAUGAUGUCUACUUUUGCAUCGUGCAUGCUGUGCGUUUGAAGUAAUGUGACUUUUUUCCAACUAAGCGGCUCCUGUUUGUUACAUUCAACUCAUUUAGGCUCUAGCUGUGACUCAGAUCUCACUAUCCUUCUGUUAUCUUUCUUUCUGCAUGUGUGCCACACAAAGUGCUUCAUAACUUUCAGGGAUGCGAUGUAAAAUAUUCAGCUGCUGAAACAUUAAUAUCUAUUACCGCAUACAUAAGUUGACAACAAAUAUUGUGCUCUGUUUUCUUAAUGCAAUUCAGUUGUGAAUAGCUAAGAAAAUAAAUUAUAUCAGUUGAAAUAAACUCUUUUAAAUGAGGUCAUGCAUACACAGCCAAACACACCCAAGCCUCCGUCUGACAUAUAAUGUAGAACCAAAAUUCAAUUUGACACAUUGAAGUAGUGAUUUCAGUGGAGUGAGUGCUGACUGCUGGAGAGGGUGGGGGAGAAAGCUGUCAAUCAUCUGAGUGGCAUUACUGGCUCCUCGUGAAAUAAAUGAGCAAGAGAGUUAGAGAAAAAGGAGAGAGAGGGAGCAUCCAUUCAACCCAGGCAAUUCUUCAAUGCAGCCGUCUCCUAGCAACCGGACCCUCCAUCUUUUCACCGCCGAGAUGAGGUUGGACAGUAUCUAGCGGAGCAUAUGGUUUAGAAGGGAAGGUGCAUCGCAGCCGAUCAGCAAAGUGCUAGUCAGGAAGGUAUAUCACCUGCUCGCAGUCAGAACAUAUGCAUUGUGUGGCUCUGUCAUCCACAGCCCAGGAGAGAAACACAAACAAUUAAUGGUGGGCAGAUGGUGGAGUGACGAUGGGAGGGAGGCGAGCGGGGGAUAGGCAGACGGACGGGGAGGUGGAUUAGUGGUAGCUUGAUUAUAUAGAAAAAAAAAGGAAAAACAAACAAACUUCUUUAGUUUUCUUUUUUUUUAACUUUUUUAGUGGGGAGAGGCUUGGAAGUGGUUCACAUGGAGCCUGAUUGGCAUUUCCUAAUGAGAGGAAACAAGCUGUAGCGAACGGCACAGCCAACUCCAGGUCCUGCCCCUUCUGCACUCACCACCCACU